UCCUGCGGUCACAUCUUGUUGCCAGAACUUCAUUGAGGCGGUGACGCUGGAUUUCCCCGUUAUUCAUUCACCGCUCUGCGUCUUUUUCUUUCGUUUAAUUGCUUUUAUUUUGCAGAACAUCUCGCCGAAGCGCAGGUUGCGGAGUUGCCGCAUUUUCAAUCCCUUAUUUUUUGGAGUCGCUCUCUUGGUGUUUUGUUGCGGACGGUCAAGGAGCACUGAUCCAUCAGCCCGACGUUAAACCCUCUCGGCUUUAAGGAUCAGAUUCUUAUUUAGAAACGGUUAUAUAAUCAGGUGAACACUGGCGUUUUGUGCGCACGUCCUUCGGGUACGUUUAUCAACCAUUUAUCAUUCAUCCAGUCAUUAUAUUCUGUUGUAGCAAGAAAAUUCCCGUCCGUGUUCAUGCCAGAUCUGCAGCGCUUUAGUUUUCCAUACCAUAGCAUGAAUCCUUUGUUGGUGGCCAAUACGCAUCUCCAACAGCAUCCACAGCAGAGCCAAGCACCCGGACACCCAGACUCUCCCUCCGGCCUCCUCCCCGACGUCGUUUUCGGUGUACCGGACCCGACGUCUUUUCUGCUGGGUGAGCAACCCAGUCCGGGGCCUGAUCAGCCGGGGCCUGACUUCACUGCACUCUCACAGACCUCACCUUACCUCCACCACAACCACAGCAGCCACUACCAGCACCGCGCUGUGCCGCAUCCACCCGCAGCCAUGGCUCUCAGAAACGACUUGGGAUCCAACAUCAGCGUCCUCAAAACUCUCAAUCUGAGAUUUAGAUGCUUUUUAGCAAAAGUGCAUGAAUUAGAGCGCAGAAAUAAGAUCUUAGAAAAGCAGCUGCAACAGGCUCUGGAUGCCAACAAGGGCUGUCAAGGUGGAUGCUGUGAAAGCAGGGGGCAUACCCAGGAGGCAGGGGUGCAGACCGGAUUUGUGGGGACCAUACCGCUCAGACCCGGCUCCCUCCCCUUCCACAACACCAACAACUCAGCCCGGAGGCCUACAACACUGUUCACGGCACCAUUCACAACAACCCUCGCACCUGCAACCGCUGACAACUCCAGUUCAACCCAAACAAAUACCAGUUGUAACCCAGCCAUCACCAUCAGCCAGUGCUCUCCCUGCGUGGACUCCCCCGGCUCUGGCUCUAAAACUCUCCCCUACACCAGCGCAGGCCAGGGGGGCUCCACCAACCCUCCUCCACGGUUCCUCCCGGGCACCAUCUGGUCCUACAACCACACCCGCAAGUAUGGCCCCGGUGCGGAGCGUGUGACCAGCCCAGGAGUGUCCUGGGUGCAUCCUGAUGGAGUUGGGGUCCAGAUUGACACCAUCACCCCUGAGAUAAGAGCCCUGUAUAAUGUCCUGGCCAAAGUGAAGAGGGAGAGAGACGAGUAUAAACGCAGAUGGGAAGAAGAAUACACCAUGAGGAUGGAUCUGCAACAGAAAAUGACAGACCUACAGGAGGACCUGCAGGAGAGCGAAGGCUGUCAAGACGAGCUGGCUCUCAGAGUUCAGCAACUGAAGGCAGAGCUGGUUCUCUUCAAAGGCCUCAUGAGCAAUAAUUUGUCAGAAUUGGACAGUAAGAUACAGGAGAAAGCCAUGAAGGUGGACAUGGACAUCUGCCGCAGGAUCGACAUCACCGCUCGUCUCUGUGACGUAGCUCAGCAGAGGAACUGUGAAGAUGUGAUCCAGAUGUACCAGGUUCCUAACAACCAAUCAUCCCUAAACUGCCGCCGGAAACAAACUCCCCUGUCCUUCAAUGGCAGCGAGUGUGAAGAACCUGUCAGCACCUCUGAAAGUGAUGGGGGCGUGGUCAAAGAUGAAGAGCACUGUGGCUCAUCAGCCAAUCAGAUCAAUGAGGAGAUGCAGAGGAUGCUGAACCAACUGCGAGAAUGUGAGUUUGAGGAUGAUUGCGACAGCCUGGCCUGGGAGGAGACCGAGGAGACGCUGCUUCUUUGGGAGGACUUCCCUGGAUGCACUCUGCCUCCUGACCCUACCCACCCACCAGGAGAGCAGGAGGACUGUCUGGAACAGGUGAUUAAUGACACUGAAUGCCUUUUCAAGUCCCGAGAGAAGGAAUACCAGGAGACAAUUGACCAGAUUGAGCUGGAACUGGCCACAGCAAAGAGUGACAUGAACAGACAUCUGCACGAGUACAUGGAGAUGUGCUCGAUGAAGAGAGGCCUCGAUGUUCAGAUGGAGACCUGCAGGAGACUCAUCACGCAGACUGGAGACAGUAACUCUGCAGCACCUGCGUCCACUGAGGACAGUGACCAGAGAGAGAGCGACAGGUCUUCAGCAUCUCCACCUUCUUCCUCGAGCGCUGGGAGAUCUUGACACUUCCUCACCCCGGCAGCGAUGGGGGCUGUGGUCAUUUGACCUCCACUGCAUACAGCUACAGUACCACACCAACGCAAUACACACCUGUAACUAUGGCAACACCAUGUUUACAUGUGAACCUCUUCAUUUACUGAGUCACACUGUUUAUUCUUCCUGCUGUCCAUGCAAAGCAGCUUUGGUCUGAGGAGACUUUGAGCACUGGAACUGUGAGUUGAGUAGCACAGCUGGAUUUUUGUCAUUAUUACUCCAUGCAGAUGCCACUGCCCUGCAGAGGGGAGAGGUCUUCUUGUAGUUGGACCCUGUCAGCUUGUGUUUGACAGCAGUAGUUAAGAAAGUGAAUUUUAUAAUGGAUUGUCCUGUGAAGAGUCAGAUGGUUGCAUAUCCUCAAUGUAUUGUAAGUAAACGGCUGAUCUCCCUAUUGUGUGCUGAGGCAGUACAGUGCUGCAGGCUACAGGAAAACAUAGCAUGACUUAUUCACUCCACACACAAUAAGAAAAACACUUUAUAACCUGGGCAUCUGAAGCUAAUCAUGGAAAUACCUAUUGUAUGGUCACUAAAAGUCCACUCCACACAAAUGUACAGGCUGAUAAUGUACCUUCUACUAGUAAACAAACCACAACAAAAAACAGAUAGCAGGAUAGUUUGAGUUGUGCCGGAGUUAAUUGAGUGUAUUUUGGAGUUUGGUAUUGAUAAUAAGGAGCCUUUAAAGUCUAAUAAGAUGUCAUAAUUCAGCAUUUUACUGCCUUACAGCUGCAGAUUCUGAUCUUGCUUUGUAUCUGUAUACUAACAGAUUAAACCACUGGCAAAGCAAACCUUAAGUCCUAAAUAAAUCAUAACAACUGUGCUUUAGCUAAAUAUGAAGUGGAAAAAUCAUUACUUUUUAAAAAACCAAAACAUUAGGCGUGUGUAUAAUGGAGCAGCAAUUAUUUCUCAUGGAUCCUCCAAUAUUAAUUAUGUUCGAUUAUUUAUCUGCUGUCAAUUAAUUAGAUCCAAACUGGAUUUUAUGGGAGAAAUCCACCAAUGUAAACAUGUUAUCCAUUGCUCCACUUCUCUACCAUUUCCUAAAUGUUGCAUUAAAUCUACAAAUAAAGGGCCAAAAUAGCUCAUCAUUCACAAUGUAUCCACUGCAGUUGCAAUACAUUUUAACAGUACUUAAAACAUUGGCUGUAAGCAUCAGUAAUGUAAUGUUCAACAAGACCAACAUGGCGACCCUCGUACACAGAGAAUAGGCACCAACAUCAAUUUCUCAGUGGGAAUUUUAAUGUAAAUUAAUGUGGACAAUAAUAAAGAAGUAGAAGAAGCAUAUGAAGGGAAGUAAGGAACAUCAACAAGGUUUCAACAUUUAAUAACAACAAAAAACAACAACAUUCUGUUAAUGGUGCUUCAUAAGAAACUUAAAGGUGUGUGAGAGGGAGGCAUGUUUUAAAUGUAGCCAUAGUCUCCAUCCUGUGCAGGUAAGAUUUAGUCUGCACCCUCUUGAAGCUUAUGAAUGAAGAGUGUUGGCUCUGGAUUCGGCUCUCGGUGUCACUGACACUCUGUAUGAAUGCUAUAUAAUGCUUAGUUUAGAGUCGGGUCCCGUUUGUUUUCGAGCUGCAUGGUUGAGCAGAAUUGCUGUAAGGAUACUAAAAGAAGAACAAAAGGAUGAUGACAUCGUGUAAGUUAGCCGCUGAGUGCCAAAAUAAAACGGUCAGAUUAUGAAUCAACAGGAAAUUGCUGGAAAUAAAAGAAUGACUAAAUAUAGCUGCCAAAGCUAUGUCACCAAGGUGCUUGAUGUAUAUAUAACUAAACCUAUUUUUGAGCCUGUAAACGUUGCACAUAGAAAGAAAGAGCAAAGCAAAAAUGUAUAUGAAACAAUCAGCACUAUUACUUGUAAAACGUGACAAAAAAUGUUGACACGCUGGAAAUAGAAAACUAUAUUUCUUCUAUCCAUAUUUCCUCAUCUUUUACAUGUUGCAGGUGGGGUAGUAGAAUAAUAAAUUAACACGAACACAUACCUCAUUUUUACUUUAUUUAUGUUUUAAUGUGCACAUUUAGCCAUGAACUUUGACUCCGACACUUCUACAGUAAAACAUAUAUAGCAAACUGCUGGAAAUCGUCACUGUCAGGGGAGUGCCCCCUACCAUCACUGCUCUGUUAUCAGACACUGUUGUCUAAAUAUAGUCCUGGCUGUAGUUUUCCUCUCUGUGGUUGAACCAGGUGAGAUGUAUUUCUUCUGCUUCUAUUGCGACUUGCACUUCAACUUGACUUUGAGAAAUACAGACAGUAGGAGGACAUAUUUGAAGCUUGUAUAAACUCAUGCAUGUGUGGCUGUUGGAAUCAGCUGAAUGCUAAACACAGUAUUUCACUACUGUUUGAAUACAGAAGGAGGAUGUCAGAGAUGCACUGUGUGAGACAAAACAUACCAUUUCCCUUUGUAUAGGUUUACUUUCUCGCACUGAGUGAGUCUCUAUGUAUGCAUGUGCCAGUGUGUAUGUUUUUUGGGCGUUAUGUCUGUAUAGUGAGUGUUUUUAAAAAGACUUUUACUGGGGCAAAUGUACAACACGAAGAAGAAGGAAACAGUCCAAUUUGUUUACCUUUACAAGAGAAAUUUGAGAUGUCUUUUGACAAUAAUCACCUCAAAAAUUGUAGAUAUUUAAAUCAAAUGACAAUGGAGUUCUUUUUUUCCAUUGGUACACUUUCUUUAUGAGUGUAUGGGGUUGCCAAAUAAAGUCAAUUUAAAAAUAACUCAAGUUAAAAAAAAAUAAAAAUACAACUACUGAAAUGCAAAUGCUUUAGCGAAAUGACUGUACGAUGGCUUUGAUAAUAUAUGUGUAAAGGAAAUAUAGCUUUGAAUAUAUACUUGUGUUCAAGGACUGCAGAAGAAGAUUGUCCACAGUCACACACUGGAAAAGAAACUUCUAGAAGCUUUGAAUUAAGAUAUAAUAACCUGAUUGCUCUAUUUAGCUUUUCAAUGGAAACAAUGGUGGUUGAUGACAAAAACAAGUUUUUUUUUGUGAAUCUUUAUGAAGGAGAAAGACUUGCCUCAAAAUAUGUUGAUUCAAUUUAUGUCUCAUAACUAUUUGAUGGUAAUCCUGAGUAUUGAUUGAGUAUUCCAGAUGUGUGACUAUGCAGCUUUAAAUAUCAAGAGUAUCAGUAGUAAUCUAGCUUCACUGCAGAGCUACAUGUAAUGUGUGUCAAGAGAGACUGAAAGAAUAAAAGAUGCAAUUGAGCA